CUUGCUUCUCGAAAACUGCUGUCUGGCACUUUCGACAAGGUGCGGCAGUAAAAAAUAGUCAAGGGAUCUUUGCGCAGUCAAAUAAUCGUACACAAAAUUUCACCUUUCCCAGUGAAAUUUAAUAGUUAGAUGGAGACAUUUUGAGAGCUACGCGUAUCGGUAAGUUGUUCAAGGGUGUCCGAGUGGCUACUUCGAGACAGGCUCAAACCAACGCAUUUGCCCUCCACCGGAAAACACAUAGACGCUAACGUUUAGCGCUAAUGCUAGGAGAGCUCGCAGUUACCCCUGAGACCUAGAUUCUAUAUCGUCGAUAUUUUAGCAGCAACACCACGAUGGCCGAUGUCGACAAACUCAACAUAGACAGCAUAAUUCAACGUCUCCUAGAAGUGAGAGGAGCUAAACCUGGAAAGAACGUUCAACUGCAGGAGAAUGAGAUUCGUGGAUUGUGCCUGAAAUCCAGGGAAAUUUUCCUGAGUCAACCCAUUCUUCUAGAGCUUGAAGCCCCUCUCAAGAUCUGCGGUGACAUCCAUGGGCAAUACUAUGAUUUGCUGAGGUUGUUUGAGUAUGGAGGCUUCCCCCCAGAAAGCAACUACCUAUUUCUGGGAGACUAUGUGGACAGAGGGAAGCAGUCUUUGGAAACCAUCUGUCUUCUGCUUGCCUAUAAAAUUAAAUACCCCGAGAACUUCUUCCUGUUGAGGGGGAACCAUGAGUGUGCUUCAAUCAACAGAAUAUAUGGCUUUUAUGAUGAGUGUAAAAGAAGGUACAACAUCAAGCUGUGGAAGACUUUUACAGACUGUUUUAACUGCCUCCCGAUUGCCGCCAUUGUGGAUGAGAAGAUCUUUUGCUGUCAUGGAGGACUUUCUCCUGACCUGCAGUCCAUGGAACAAAUCAGACGCAUCAUGCGCCCCACUGACGUCCCCGACCAGGGUCUGCUCUGUGACCUGCUCUGGUCUGAUCCGGACAAGGACGUGCUAGGUUGGGGGGAGAAUGACCGAGGUGUAUCAUUUACCUUUGGCUCAGAGGUGGUGGCCAAGUUUCUGCAUAAGCAUGACCUGGAUCUGAUCUGUCGUGCCCAUCAGGUUGUUGAGGAUGGCUAUGAGUUUUUUGCCAAAAGGCAGCUUGUCACUCUGUUCUCUGCACCAAAUUAUUGUGGGGAGUUUGAUAAUGCUGGCGCAAUGAUGAGUGUUGAUGAGACCCUAAUGUGUUCUUUUCAGAUUUUGAAACCAGCUGAGAAGAAGAAGCCUAAUGGCAGCCGCCCCGUCACUCCUCCUCGCAAUAUGGUCACCAAGCAAGCAAAGAAAUAAAAUAAAAUGUAGGCUGGACAUGAGGCAGCCACUACUAUUCUUUUGUCCUUUGCAUUUGAGAGAUUGGUUAACCUUAAUGUUGCCAGUACUGUUACGAUGUCCACUCCCACCCUUUGAAAGCAAAAUAUGUUGUUGUUUUGUCCACAGGGGUCAAUUGAUAUGUCACCAUGAAAACCUCAGGUGUUUUGCACUCCAUUUUGCAGCUACUCUUUGCCACAUAUGACUGUUGACUCAUGAAAAUCAUAACAAAAAUGCUACAUGUGCACAGGAAUGCCUUGUUUAUAGCUGUGCACAAUUUUAUCAGUUUAUUCUUGUCAUGUUCCCCCUCUUGUUCUUUUCCAGUAAUGAUUAUUAAAGAGCAUUAACAAUAGAAGCAGCCACAAACACCACUUUGCUGUAAAAUUCAAAGUCUAUUUACAGUCAGUGUCUUGGAACAUUGACUCAUCGUAUCACCUCACAUUUUUAUUAAAAGUCUUGUGCUAAAUGAAAUGACUAAACAAGAUCUCUUUUAAUGUAAAUCUUUCUAAUAAACUGAGUGUAUUUAAGGGGA